AUGGCUGCUCCCAGUUUGACCCAUGUUUUCAACGUGUAUGUCAUGAUACCCGUCCCAACAGGAAUGGGGCCUGGCAAUGAACAUGCUUCCAUUACUGUCCUCAAUGGAGAGAGUGGAUAUGUCGAAACUGCCGAUGGAUCUACUAGGCUCGAAAUAACGUCCAUCUCCGACUGGUUGGACUUGGGUGCAAACAAGACGACCGCAACGGUCGAUGCCAGAAUGAGCUCCAAAGGUCUUGGAGGUCUCAACCUAGACAUGCACUAUCUAGGGAAGUUCAGUCUCUCUGAUGGAACGAACGAAGUAUUUGGAGGAACUCCAGGAAGCAGCUUCGACUUCAAUAAAGAGUACCUGUACGUCACGCCCAGAAUCUGGAGCCGAAGCAGCCAAUUUGCAUGGGUAAAUGAUGCAGUGUUCCUAUCAGUCGGGAAGGCCAAAUGUCUCGAGACUGGCACGCAGGUUGAAAUCACAUAUAAGAUUUUUAAAGUCGGCUAG